AUGACGGAGACCGACCUGUGGGAUCUUCAGCAAGGGACGGGCGAAGCCGCCGUUGGCAUUGCGCUGGCGUUGCUGCUAGUCCUCCUUUCAAUUGCAGCCUCGACGUGGUUGCAACAACCUGAGAUGCAUGAGAGUUCAGACCCAGCUCGCAAGAGCAGCGCAGUGUCGGACGUGACCCAGGACUACGUGGAGCUGCGGUUGGAGCGCGGCUCUUCUUCCGAGCGCUUGGGCCUGGUGUGGCACGUGCAGGCCUAUGCGGCGCAGCGCUUCCUCCUCGCGGGGCUGGAGCCUACCUCGCUGGCCGGGCGAGCCCGCAAGCCCCGGGCACAAGGCCGGGGCCUCCGGCGAGGGGACGAGCUUGUGAGCGUGAACGGCAAGUGCCAGUUCCACCUGAUGUGCAAGGAGCUGGCCAGCACCAACAAGCUUUCUCUCCAGUUCCUCAGGGCUGAGGUAGUGCUGCCCCUGAGCGAUGACGACUGCCCGGUGGGGGAGGAACAAGCCUCCGAUGACACCGACGUCGUGGACGAGUGUGCCGCGGACCCGCAGCAGCCGGAGCCGCAGCUGCCAGGGCCACAGCUGCCAGAGCCGCAAUGCCCGAAGCAGUGGCCCGAGCCACAUCCACAGCUGCCACAGCAGCAGCUGCCGCAGCCGCUGCUGGCGCUGCAGGCGCAGCAUGUAGAGGAGCCGGAGCGUCUAGAAGUGCAAGCGGAAGCGCCCGCUUCCGCCCGGGAGAGCCGGGGCCGGGACGCCGCCGUGAAGCGCGCGGACGCACCGUGCGAGAAGCGGAGGGCGCCACAUCGGCAGUCCUCCCGGCCCUACUCCAGCGGCGGCUCAGGCUCUGGCUCGGGCUCUGAGCAGGUGUCCGGCGCCUCCAAGUGCCCUUCCUGCCCGUCCACGGAUUGGGAGUACAUGAUGGACAACCGCCCCGGCAGCUUGAUGAAUACCGAGCUCCCGAGCCGGCACGUCCUGCCCCCGGCCAGCUGCGGCAGCAACGUGGUGAUCGUGGCCGGCUCGCAGGCGAUUGCGCUGCAGACAGCGAGUGCACUCGGCACCGUCUUGGGUGGAGGGGUCUUCCACCCCAUGCAGAACGUCAGGCAGCCGCUGCCUCAGCUGCCUGUGCUGCCGACUGUCGAUGCCUAUGGGGCACUGGGCUGCCCCGUGCUUUACGAUGCCCGGGUUGACCGCUUUGAGCCGGAAGCGGACGUGUGCCGGAUGAGCUCAAAGGAGUCCAAGGUGUCCAAGGCGUCCAAGGAGUCGGGCAGCUCCGGAGCAGAUGUUUCAACCCAGGUGUCCGGGGCUCGCUCGGGCAGCGCCCCUCCCGGGGGCUGCAUCGAGCCCUCCCCGGUCCCGCGGAAGCGGACCUACCGCUCGGGCCGGCGGGUCAGGGAGAAGCGCACGCGAGCGGCCAUCCGGAACAUGCAGGAGGCCCUCCCUUUCCCGGCGGCCGAGCAAAAGGAGCGGGAGGCCAAGGAGACCGGCGCCGCCGUGCGCUCCGGCAGCGCCCCCGCGGCGUGCCACGGCGAGGAGGUCCUAGAGGGCCGCUUGUUCUACAAGCCCCGGCGGCGCGCGGGCAAGAAGGUGCGGCAGCGCAUGGAGCACGCCAUCCUCCGGCGCAAGGAGCAGGCGCUCAUGGCGGAGGCGGCGGAGAGCUGCAGGAUGGUCUCCGAUGACGAGCCCGAGAAGCCUCCCAGGGCCAAGGCGAAGCCGAAGCGCGGGGACUCGCCCACCUCGGUGUCGACCGCCACCACCCGCACCACGGCGGCGGCGACCACCGCGGGCGCGAGCUCUGCGGCGGCGACUGCGGCGCCGGAAGGCGUGCGCCGCUCCUUCUACACUCGGAAGCCGCCCCUGCGGCUCCCAACCAUGGCGGAAACGGAGAAGGCACCUGCGCCAGCCCGCGUGAGGAGAGCGUCCAGGGGUCGGUCUGUGACGCGCGAAGGUGACGGAGGAGAGACAGAGCAGAUCAUCGGCCGGCGAGUUCUUCUCACCGGCUUAGUGCAUGCGCCGCAGUUCAACGGCCACUGGGGCCACGUGGACGCCUACGAUGCCGCGUCCGCGCGCUACCUCCUGCGGGUCUUUGUGCCCGGGGCGAAGCCGAAGAUCGCGAAGUUGCGGCGGGAGUGCUUCGUGGUGCCCAAAGACCUGCCGGAGGAGGUGCGUCAAGCGCCCUGGCAGCCCUCCCUGCGGUCAAAGUGA